CAGUUGGUGUCACGUCAGAUCCGUCAAUACGACGGUUCUUUACUUCUCCCUCCAAUCCCCAUCGCUGGCGUGAAAUCUUGCUUGAUGUCCUCGUUUCCAAAUGCUCAAAGACACAACCUGUCGUUGAUGGUCCCUCUUUCUUGUUUGCUGGUAAUGCUCCUUAUCUCUAUUUCGAGGUCUUCGUUUCCGAGAGGCACUUCGCAUAAUGUGCAUGCCGCGACUAGUGCUGUUCGUUACAUCGAUGUGUUUGAGCCGUCUAGGCAACGCUAUUUCCCUGCAUACAGUUACGUCGCAGUUUCACAAAUUCACGUGUAUAUGGGAACGGUAAGAAUUCAAGACACCCUCAAGGAAAUACCCAUGGUCGCGCGUGUUUCCCUUACGGACUACCGGGGCCGAAUACUUUUAGACACCCUCGUUCGACCGACACAUCAAGUAGAAAAUUACAGAACAGACGAAACUGGCUUCAGUCCAUCGACCUUCAUGGGCGCACCCACUCUACAAGAGGUUCAAACACGCGUCUCCUCCAUCAUUCGAGAUAAAAUUAUCGUAGGCCAUUGUCUAUGGGACUUCUUAUCGGUCCUUGGGCUGACGCAUCCAGCGAUUGCUACACGAGACCUUGCCUUAUUCCUUCCCUUGCGUCAAAAGCUAAAAUCUCGAACAAUCGUCCAACUUGCCCUGCUUGUAAACUUUUUCAUGGGGCGCAAUAUUGGCCUCCAAUAUGAGGAUUCGCUUGAAACCGCUCGAGCAGUUAUAGACCUCUUCAGAUCAUGCGAAGACGUGUUCGAAAGAUGUAUAAGAAGUGGUGAAUGGCCUUGCGAACUUCCACCUUCUACAUAUGCCGAAUAUUUUACAUGAAGCGGAAGGGUUUGUUCUUUGUGAUGUAUUGGUUUUUAUUGUAAUCUUAGCCUAAUUAUUACAA